AUGUCAGAAAGUGACAAUAAAGCCGCUGUACCGGUGGACACACCUCGCAACGACCAAGCUAAUGUUCAGCGCGAAUCAAACCGAAUCAAGAUCUUUCGACGCAUUUUCUACUGGGCAGUUCCAAUUGCUUAUGUUGCAUAUGUGGUCUAUUUGAUAUACAGUCUUGCAACGGAUUCAUAUUCGUUAAAUUCAGAGCAUAAUUUUCUGAAUGAAAUUGAUGUUCCCGAUAUAUUGAUUUGUGGAACUAAUGAUCUGAUAAUAUCACGCUGCGACUUUGUAUGGAAGGACAGCGGCGGCAACAGCUCAAAGACUCAGCUUAAUGGGUGUGGCGAAUAUAUCCUUCCUGGUACACUAAAUUUGGGUGGUCGCCUUUCGUCCUGCCGCACAUUUUCAACCAACCAAACACUCAAAUAUGCUCAUCCUUACGAGCCCGUAUCUGGCUUGACAAGAUUGGGCAUUUAUCUCCAAAUUCCAAACGUUACUGCCGCAGAACAGGGUAAUAUUGGUAUAGCUUCCCUCAAUGUCGUUUUAUUGCCGCCUGGAUUCAAUCCACUAGCAAAUCCGGAUCAGGUUGUUGAUGAAAUGGACAAAGAUGUCAAGUCGGAAAUGCAGCUGCAGUGGGAUUUCAUCGCUGGAAUGGUUAAUUAUGUUGCCUUGGUUAAAUUCAAAAUAAGCGAGUACAAGGCUAUUUUGCCCGAUGACGCUUCCGCCAUCAUGGGAUUUGGACCAAAGUAUCACAUUACCCCGAAAAUCCAAAAUUCGGUGACAUAUUUUCCAUUUAACCAAAAUCCAUACAAUGUACCGGCUGGAUCCAACGUCUACUUUUCCGUAGCUGCCGGAAGUUUUGUACAGGAAGGACAAUCUGAGGAGCGAACCAUCACCGUUCUCGAUGCUCUUGCAGCAGCUGGUGGAGCAUUUGGUAUCAUUGGAGGCGCUUACGUAUUAUUCUUUGGGCAAGACCGUAUAGAAGCAUUUGGUUACGCACACAAGUUUGCGGAUUCAGACAGCAUUGUAGGAGCCUCGUUUUUCCGAACUGAUUGCCACGCAGAGAAACAUGACAGCGCUAAUAGUCUGGAUGCACAAGUACUGCAACUUCAUAGCGAUGUAAACACGAUCAAGGAUGUACUUAGAUGCUAUGUGCUAGAUACAUCUUAUUUAGAAGAGGGACCUCAAUGGUUUGCAGAUACUCGAGCUAAAAUAAGUCUUGUAUGUCAAAAAUUAUGUUCAUGUUGUAGAAGAAGAAAUAAUCAAUAA